AUGUCCUCAGUAUCUGCUUCGCCCUUGGAGCUGCUCCCCAACGAGCUUCUAGACGACAUCAUCUCCCACUUACUCACGGAUCCACCAUCGUUCGGACAGAUACAUCAUGUGCCUAGUUUACAACCAACCCAGUCUUCAACGAAAGAUCUCAAGCAUCUCGCACAAUGCUCAUGGCGUCUACUUCAUUUCGUGCGACCCCAACUGUUCGCUCAUGUCCGUUUGGAUCUCCAUGAUGAAUCCGACUUCCAUUCCUUCAUGAUCAAGUCGGAUCUCUGUCAAUAUGUUACUUCUAUCGUAGCAACUGCGGAUGAAAGCUCAGGUCACAAGGCUGACCCAUCCUGGUGGCGUCAAGUGCUCCGCUAUCUCAAUCCUCGCCAUGUGAUGGUCAUCGCGCCGCCACUCUUCAUCGGCGACACCCUCGCCACCCCAAUCAAUGAUGCUCAUAGCUGGGCAUUCAACAUACCCCUUCAAAUUUUGGUUUUGGAACGAGAGCCCGCGCCUCAGGAACCGUCCCAGCUACCUGACCUGGACACUUGCACAAAUCUUCUCACAUCACGCCCAUGGACAACGAUGAAGUUCAACGAAUCGUCUUCUCUGAAAGCAUACAACCACUACGAGUACUUCCUCACGCAUGUUCCGUCUGUCCUUGCGGAAUGGGGUAUAUUUGCGACUCGUAGACCCACCAAAACAUUUCACCAUCCAUUCAACCUACCGCUUACCUUACACGGCCUUACAUAUUUUUCUUACACGGCCGUGUUUCCCUUUUUCAAUCACGCGCAAGUUGUGCUUGAUGCCAUCUUAAAAAUGGGCCAGUUGCGUCGUCUUGAUGUACAGCUGGCACCAAUGCAGGAUAAUCAUGUUACCGAACUCGAGCAACGAGGGUCUAUGGACCCUAACGACCCGUGGAUGGAGCUUACGACCUCAUACUCUUUGAUUGGGUAUACCGUGAACAACAUGUCGUCAUUGAAGGAAUUCAGGUGCGGCGAUAUGCAUGUCGAAGCUAUGCGACAAGACCUGUUGUCAAUCUUGGGCGAUGUCAUUGACAAUGUAGGCUGGGUACAUGAUGGACGCGGAGCGUGGAAGCGCAAACCUGCAUUUCCCGUCCUUGCUGAUUCCCUCCUCCCACAAUCAGAACCAACAGGAAAAGCAGCGCCUCUAAACGAGACAACCUCGAGAACCGACUGGAGCCUCGAACAUGAUUGGAAGAAAGGCAUCCGAUCCUCAAACAAGGGAAUCUUCCGGUGUGGAACUGUGCUCGGAUUCUCUAGACUGCGAUCGAGAAGCAAGGAAAGCAAUGAGUAUAUCGGACAGAUUCCUCGAUACAUUCUCACUGACCACCUUCGGAGAAUCCAGCCAUCCUCUGAACCGAGCACAUUCAUCAUCCACCCAGCAAGUUUCGAAGCCUUUGCACCAAGGACUUUACUGAAUGACCUGGAGUUUUCCUCUGAAGACAAACCCGGCCUCUCCAGGGAAGAUGCAAUCCGAAAACUGGAUUCUGUACAAUUACUUCCCGUGCAGAAUUUUCCAAAUGCCGCACAUGCCAUUGGGAAGGUCUCAGAUGUGCUGCACGAGAUCCAAGAAAAGCGAGGACAGAGAGAUUCAACCGAGUCAAGUCCCACCGAUCAUCCCAUUGUCCUCAUCGUUGUGGGCCUGGAUAACCUGACCGAACAGGUAAUUCGGGCGUCCAAUCCGGCUAGAGGUGCAGCUGUUUUGACAUCUACACUGCGUACCUUGACUCGGUUAUCUCGUCUGUAUGCCUCUCAUCUCUCCGUCAUCCUGGUCAAUACCAAUGGAGUUGGUACCGUGAAUUCGGAAUGGAGCAAUAAUCAAAAGUAUGGCAGAAACACUACUCCAGGAGAUAGUGCUGCGAGACAACCUCUGGAAGAUGGGAUUCACUCCAUCUUCCAUCCGGAUAUUCCCUCUUUGUUCCCUACCUUGCUGAUGAAGGCGUUGGACCAAGGCAUCGAUACUCAUCUGCUGCUUUCUGAUUUAAGAGGGGCUGAGAUAGUCGAAGUUAUCAAAGACCGAGUCGGUACUGGUUUAGGAAAAUGGGGAAUUUGGAAUGAGCAAUGA